GUCCAAUCGGAACCGACUAGCAUUAUCAUGCUCCAUCUUCAUCAGAUACGAGCAGAUGCUCCAUUUUUAUCAGAUACGAGCCCGACAAAUUUCUCUGAAUGUAGCUUAUGCUCCAUUUUCAUCAGAUAAGAGCAGAAGAUCAAGUUCUUACACGAAGCUUGAUCAAACCAACUCCCUAAAAAUGAGGCGGGCUAACUAAACCAGUACUAUGGCAUACGCCGCAGGCUCAGACGUAUGACAGUACAAAACCUCCUUGUUUCCACACCCUUCAUUUCAACUCGCCUGACCACUUUUCUUUAAUAUCUUUAUUAGAACAAGGUGGCAAGACAAAAUGAAGCCUUCAAUAACGUCUGCUCGCUUGCGCUCGUGUGCCUCGGCACUCGUGCUUCCUUGCACUGCUGUCGCGCUCGCAUUACAGCUCAAUCAGCAGAACCUUCUAGACGAAGAUGCCGGGACUCCACCAACGCCUUUCUUCCGGAAGGACACUAUGCCAGCCGUUCCCACGACCGCAGUUGUCAUCAUCAACUUGUCCAUUCAGUAUUUCCUCAUCUACGCUGCUAUGGCAGUCAUCCGUACCUGGAACGAGCUUGGCAAGGCUACUAGCAGCUCAUUCACUUUACAAGCGUUAAUUCGUAGCGCGACUGCGACUGUUAAUUUAAGACGUCUAUCCUGUAAUACUAGCUUGUUAUUACUUACGACUAUAAUUCCUCUUGUUGAAAAUACUAAUAAUUGUGCUUUAACAAGACUUCUUCCGGAAAUUCAUCUUGAGAACAAGCGGUUUGGAGCCCUGUACCUGUCUAUUACGUGGGCAUUUUCAGGGUCCAGAAGGAUGACUUUCAAGAUGGAUUUCCGUUCCACAAAGUAGGUCUAAUUAGUUUCUGCCCAAUGCUGUGCGUGCUUUUCCUAGGUGCGCGGUUGAGAGCAGAGCAAAUCACUCAAGGAAAAACCGAGGAAUUGGGGUUACCGAAUGCUGAGACCAGACUCGGUAUGCAGGUGGCAGCGAAUUGCGUCUUGGGACAAUUGUUGUGUUAUGGGCUUCUUUUUUUGAGGACUUUUUGUGAUUUUUACUGUUGUUACUAGACAGCACAUUCCGAAUUUCGUUUUUGUCAAAAUGAUGUGGCUAAUCCUCCGUCGUUGUGCUCCUGUCUUUUCUCACUGGAGGCAUUAGUUGUCGUUGUCACUGGACACAUGCACAUGCUAAUCCCAAACAUACACAUACACAUGCACCUAACUUCACUUCCCGCUAAUUCCCCGUCCUUCUCCUCCCGCUCUUGACCGGAGGCAUGUCUGCUGUCCCUACAGAUUCGGAUGGCAACGUGGACCUCAGCAAGAUGACUGGACUGACCAAUCGUCCUCUGCGCUAUUUCAUCACUCUCCUUCGCUACUUCUUCAUGGUCGGCCUCUAUGGUGGCUCUUCUGUUGUGGUCUACGGCAUUAACACCAUGGACAUCGAGAACAAGGUGUUAAGAGCUCAGAUGUGGCCUGCUGGCGUGCCCACGGUCUCUCCUCCGGUCAUUGCGACCAUUUACCUGACGACGGUCUUCUUCGUCGUUUACACCUUGUUGGCCUUGGUGCGAACGUGGUUGUCCUUCAGCACAGGUGAACAACCGAUAGCGGAGAAAUUGGGUGGUAAGUAGGAGCUCUCUUCUAGAAACAAAAACUCUUUCCAAGAAGAAUCCUUCUAUCCCAAUAAAUGCUGUCAUUGUCAACACUACCGCCACGACCUGUUUUCUCUGUAGUUGUACUGUGGUCUCUUGUUUAUUCACUAGUACCUACACAGGUGCCCUCUCGCUCGUCUCCAUCACUGUGAUGAACAUGGCACCCAUGCUGUGCAUCUUAUUCGUCGGGGCUCGUAUGCGCGCUUUGCAGAUCGAUCCUAUUGGCGGAAAGCUUCCAGAAUAUGCCCAAUUUGCCUGCUUCGGAUGUACUAGCGCGAUUGUUGUUCAGUUAUGCUUUCCUUCAUGUAUCAAUCUACUUCGAACUACUCCUAGAGCAAGAAUCGAUCACAAGAACAGCGAAAACAAGGAGUAUCCUUCCGCGUGUUACGUAGUUCUCGUACACCUACUACGGAAGAUCGUGAAACGCAUGAUACGAUUUCCACUUCUUCUCAACCUCGUCUCCUGCUCUAACUGAAGCCGUCUUGAUCAUCCUUCUGCCCUUCACGAGCUCCACUGUCCGAUGUGAACGGGGUGAUUUUGAAGGUGACAUCAAAUUCUCUGGCUUUUCCGGUGGCAGCACUCUGGCCCGCAUAGUGCAAGCCGUCUUUCUCACACUCCGCUAUGCCGCAUUGAUUUGCGUCUAUGGCGGUUUCUCAGCGGUCUGCUAUGCUGUGUACACGAUGCCAGGAAGCACUGUUGGUCCUGCGUUGUUUUCCUCAACUACUGCGGGAAGUUCUGCUGCGCUUGCUGGUAGCAGUCCAACAGGUACAGAAACAACUACGGAAACAACGGGAGAGGAAGAAACUGGCAGUUUACCCUCCAUGAUGCUCGUCCAAAUGCAAAAGAGCACACAUCAGGUUCCAUCUAUAAUUCCCGCUUCGCCUCCACCUGCUGCUCCCCCACUGUCUCCAGCCUUGCUAUGCGUCAUGAACCUCGCUGUGCAGUACUUUGUGAUCUAUCUGCUCAUGCUCGUGGUGCAAAGUCUCAGACAGUGCAUGCCCACUAGUUCCAAGCUCUCGUUGCUCGCGCAAGCCAUCGACAGCAGCUGCACGACUGUCCAAUAUGCUCCCAUGCUUGCAGUUCUCUUCAUCGCUGUCCGAAUGCGGGCUCUACAACUGGCUGGAAGUGAGGAUGGAUCCAUCCCUCCACGAGCCGGGCCACCGACCUAUGCACAAGAAUGCAUGUACCUUGCGACGUGGGCAGUUUUGGUGCAGGUUGUUUAUGGAUGAUGACAGGAGCAAGGAGUAAUAUCAAUAAGUAACGUAGAGGUAGAAGUGGAACCUAGUUGUACUAGACCACCUUGAAAGAAGAAGAUGUGGUCGACGACGUAGUUGUAGGCGACAUGAUCGACUUUGAUUAGCUCGCACAAGAAGUGUCCCUCUAUUCUUUAUUUCCUCUUUCUAAGAUCAAACAGUUUUUGUCGCAACCGCUAUGUUUCCGGUUGAGGUGGAUAUGGAGGGCAACGUCAAAGCUCCAGCUAAUGCGCCUAAAGCAACGACGUAUGUGCUGACGGGAUUGAAGUAUUUUUGCAGCUUGUUUUCUCAACUUGCUCUUGGAGAUAUUGCUUUUCUUGAUUGAUGUGUCUGUGUGGUCGAUCUUCAUGUUGGAGAUCACGUCAAAAGAGAAAGCAUCACGAAGACCGUUGUGGCAGUAUCAUGAUCGUUUCUUUCGAUCGUCCAAAAAUCAUACUCAAGAACAUGACCCCAACACGACCAGAUACAUCUCCAUGAUUGCGAUGCAUGGUGGUUCUGUGGGCAUCGUUUACGCCAUGGUUUUCAUGACACCGGAAACGAUUCAGCCGUACGCGCACAACCCCAUUUUGCCAGCCUCUAUUGGUAUCGAAGUACCGAAACCAGUAUCCCCGGAGACGUUGUUAUGUUGAUAUUGAAGUGGUUUGUUUUGCUUCUCCAUCGAUUUCUUUUUACUUUGAUUGGAUAGAAUCCAACUUACCACCAAGCAAAGUGAGCAGGAGCAGUUCACUUCUAACUCCAAUAGCGACGACGACAGCUGCGCCUGUCGGAUCGGGUGGAGUCGUUGGGCCAACUACGGCCAUGGGAAGUGCGCCGAGCUUUUUGGCGCUUUCUUUGUAGAGAAGAUGCUUCGCAACCGUAAGUAGGCAUCAUUCACAUUCUUUCUUCCAGGUUGGAGAUAUCUUAGUUCAUCUAGUACACUAAAGUCCGAGUCAUAGUCUAUAGUUUCAUAAUUUUUUUUCCUGAAAAAGAUGCUCAUCAAUCAUGAUGCAUACUAGAAGGUGAGCUUACUUAGACGCAAUACAAAAUGUACAGGUAUCUAUAGACGUCGUGUUUUCGUAGUCGUGAAUAUUCAAGUUUGAUAAUUCAUUGACCGGAAAACUUGUACAGUGCAAGCAAAGUCGUUUUGUUUUUCUUUUCCAAAAUGAUACUUAAAUCGACGUGCAUAUCAUGAUUUUCGAUUUUCAUUUUGUUGAAAGCUUCGGCUGCGCCGCAGCGUAGUACAGCAAUGGUGCAUAGACGAAUAGACGACGUCAUAAUAGAGAGCGGGCCCAUGAUCUUCAGC